AUGUCAGCAGGCAUCACAGCCAUAGCCACACUCCAUAGUGAGCGUUUGAAACGGCUCUCCGAGUCGGAAAAAUUAGUGGCAAAAUACCGUGAUCCUCUUUUGCUGGCAUCGAUGGAACUGCAGUCGAGACUCUACAACAUUCUCGAGCAAGAAUUUCUCUCCUACUAUGAGAAUGAGGAUCGGAGAGACUUAGUAGAUGUCUAUACUGCAUUCCUGAUUGGUCAGUUCUUCUCUUGGACAUACAUCCUUCGUCGGCAAGUCCAAUUCUUUCAUUUUUCAACGGACAAAAGCCACCAAAAACUUUCACGUGCCAUCGAAGCUAUUCAGAAGUCGUUCAGCACUGAUGAGUACGGCAAGGAGGACAGCGACUUCAUGCUAUGGCGCGGGGAACAAUUGGCCAUUGGGGAGAUAAUGACUGUCUCUGACGACGUCGCGCCGGACCGAGUAUCUCUCAACUUCCCCCGACUCCAUCGCCACCCCAUUACCAUGACGACUCCUACCGACAAUAAGUUCCAGGAUGCUCAAGCAUAUUUGGCCAAACAUCAAGGGGACAGUUAUCUUAAGGGCUGGGACCUCCUCUGGGACAAAGGUGAUUAUCUGCCCUGGGAUCGUGGCUUCCCCAACCCCGCGCUAGAAGACACCCUAGUCCAGCGAGUUGGCACGAUUGGCGGGCCCAUCGCCCCGAACGGUGAGAGGCGGAAGGCCCUAGUUCCGGGCUGUGGACGUGGAGUCGACGUGCUCUUAUUCGCGAGCUUUGGGUAUGACGCCUACGGCCUGGAGUGCAGCGCCGCGGCUGUCGAAGCGUGCAAGAAGGAGGAGGAGAAGGUGAACAAUAGCCGGUACUGCGUGCGAGAUGAGAAAGUUGGCAAAGGGAAGAUUACUUUCGUCCAGGGGGAUUUCUUUGAUGAUACCUGGUUGAAGGAAAUUGGAGUACCUCGAAAUGGUUUUGAUGUCAUUUAUGAUUACACGUUUUUCUGUGCUCUGAACCCAGAGCUCCGUCCUAAAUGGGCUCUGCGACACACCGAGCUCCUUGCUCCCUUCCCUGCAGGCAAUCUGAUCUGUCUGGAGUCUCCUCGUCAUAGGGACCCCCUGGCCCCCGGCCCUCCAUUUGCCUCUCCCUCCGAGGCCUAUAUGGAGCAUCUGAGCCACCCCGGUGAGGAGAUCUCCUACAACGAUAAGGGUCUUGUUGACGCGGACCCGUUGCGAGAGCCCAGCAAGGCGGGCCUGGAGAGAGUGGCGUACUGGCAGCCAGAGCGCACACACACUGUGGGCAAGGAUAAGAAUGGGGUGAUCCAAGACAGAGUCUCUAUUUGGCGUCGACGUGACUAG